AUCUGAUUCAUUCAUUGUCCUGCUGGACCGCCAGUAGUGACCUUGAUGGACCGUUCCCAACCCCCCCAGAGUCCAUCACCGCCCACCCAUCGCUUUUCUCGCAUUGAACUUGGCAUGACCCGUGCAUCAGUCGCAUAAAAGUAUAGACCAGCCUUGUGAUCGCCCAUGCAUCGGGGUCCAUAGGAAUACGACAUCGCCUGCCUUGCGCUCUUAGACGCCAUCCCCAUUUUUAAACUACAGGCCGGGGCAUCCAUUGCCCCUUCCGGCCAUUAUGGACUCUCACGAUAUAAUAAGCAACGGAUCUGACGAUCUGACGAAUUCAACGGCUGAAACGGAGAAGGUCGCCCUCGACGACGAGCCCCAAGAAGAAGAACUGUCUGUUACCAAAGUGGACAGUCGAGCACUCGAAAAAGAAAUUGCCAUUCGUCAGGCAUGCGACUUGCGGGAUUUCGAUGCCUUAGUCUCACAUGCCACCUCAGAAGGUGGCUUUCUCAAUGACGAUAUGCGACGAUUAGCCUGGCCUGUCCUCCUGCAAUGCGAUCGAAAUAGCCAAGAUCUCGACUUCACCGGGUGGGACGACCUGCCCCCUCACGCGGAGGAGGAUCAAGUCCAGCUGGACGUGAAUCGGUCCUUCGUCUACUACCCACAGUGUUCCGACGAGGAGCUGUCCACCAAGAAGGACGAGCUCUCCAAGCUGAUCACGCAAGUCCUACGGCAUUUUCCCAUGCUAUGCUACUUCCAGGGGUAUCACGACAUCGUGCAGGUGCUACUACUGGUACUGGGCGGCGAGGAGGCAGCCCCUGCCGUCGCGCAGAUCUCCCUGCUCCGAAUAAGAGAUUACAUGCUGCCGUCGCUGUCCCCGGCACUGAAGCAUCUCCAGCUAAUCCCAGCAAUCAUCGAAAACGCCGACCCGACGCUUUGCCGUCACCUCGCCGAGAUCCGACCCUUCUUCGCACUCGCCGCAACACUAACGCUAUAUUCGCACGACAUCCAAGAGUACAGUGACAUCGCUCGACUAUUCGACUUCCUUCUGGCGCAGGAACCGGUGGUGUCGAUCUAUCUCUUCGCCGCCAUCAUCCUGUCCCGCAAGAAGGAGCUCCUGGAGAUCUCAGUGGACGAGCCGGAGAUGCUGCACUUCACACUCUCGAAGCUCCCGAACCCCCUGGACCUGGACGGUCUGAUCCUGCGGGCGGUGCGGCUUUUCGACGACUACCCCCCGGAGUCGUUGCCCUUCGGGGCCUGGAAGACGAUCCCCCAGUGCAGCGUGCUCAAGUCGACACGGGACCUGGUUCGGACGCAGACGACAGACGAGACGGUCCGGCUGUUCGGAAAGCAAGUCCGGCAGAUGCGUUACGAGGAGCGCAAGGAGAAGACACUCACCUUCCUCUGGAACCACCGGCGGACCAUCGGGUCCGUGGCCGUCACCAUCUUCAUUGGAGCCAUGUCCAUUUGGAUAAAGAAACGGGGAGUCGACGGCACCAUCUGGUCAUAUCUCAGUCGAUUUCACGGGGCGUUGCAAGCGCGGGGCUAUCUCUAACUGCGUGGCCUUCCGAAUCCGGAAGAUCAGGCUACGGAACCGACCCAAAAUGUCAAAUAUGUAUCUAUACUAAUAAUAUCAUU